CAGCGGCGACGCCAUUUGCUGCGGCUGAACGUGAGCGCCGGCCGAUCUCGGAAGAACUCGGUCGCGAGACUCUCCCGCGCACGCGACCCGGCCUCUUUUGCCUACUUGGUACCGCGCGGUGCCACGCGUCGCCCCUGGGGCCCCUCGGAGGAGUCGCCGCUGCCGCCGCCGCCACCACCACCCCCAGGAUAGGAGUCGGAAACGCCGGGAGGCUUCCGUCACCGCCAUGCCCAAGAAUAAAGGUAAAGGAGGUAAAAAUAGACGCAGAGGUAAGAAUGAGAAUGAAUCUGAAAAAAGAGAGCUGGUGUUCAAAGAAGAUGGACAAGAGUAUGCUCAAGUAAUCAAAAUGUUGGGAAAUGGACGAUUAGAAGCGAUGUGUUUUGAUGGUGUAAAGAGGUUAUGUCACAUCAGAGGGAAAUUGAGAAAAAAGGUUUGGAUAAAUACUUCAGACAUUAUAUUGGUUGGUCUCCGAGACUACCAGGAUAAUAAAGCCGAUGUAAUUUUAAAAUACAAUGCAGAUGAAGCUAGAAGUCUGAAGGCAUAUGGCGAGCUUCCAGAGCAUGCUAAAAUCAAUGAAACUGAUACAUUUGGUCCUGGAGAUGAUGAUGAAAUUCAGUUCGAUGACAUUGGAGAUGAUGAUGAAGACAUCGAUGAUAUCUAAAUUGAAUUCAACAUUUUACAUUCCAAUUUCUCUGAGGAUUGUUCCCACAAUUUGGAUUUUGGCUGUGACCUGUUAAAGAAGAUUAAAAUUUCAUUAGCAUGAAUACAGUUUGUUAAAGCAGACUGAUUUGUUUCUAAGGUAUUUCUUUAAAAACUGGUAAUGCUGAAUUCUCUUAAGUGAAAAGUUAAGCCCCCUUUGUUCUUUUGAUGUUUUGGAGCUUAUGGGUAAAAGACCACAUCUACUAUUUUUAAAAAGUGGGGGGAAAUGCAUUACUCCUUUUCCUACUUUGGCUGCUUCCCAUAAGUAAAUGAAUCUUUUGAAUAAACCAUUUGCCCUACACUCAUGGAUUAUGAUUAAGCCCUAACUUUGACUAGCCUGUCAACUGUACAGUGACUUUCUGUAUAUUCCAGUUAUUUCGAUGUUCCCUUGAGAUUUUGAUACAAUUUAAAGGAAGCAGAACUCUGCAUUUGAAGUAAAAAAUGAUUAGGUCAGUUUUUCAUAUUUAAGUAGCAUGUGGCUAUUUUUAUACUAAUUUUGAUAUCAUGUACAUUCUUUUCAUGAUCUUAUUUUGCCACUAUAAAUGUAUCAACAAAAAAGCAUUUCCAAAAUGCAGGUUUUAGAACCUAGGUUUUAAUAGCAAUUUUUAAUUUGUAAGGUUAGUAGUUAUAGGAAUUGAACAGUAGGUGGCACCCAGUUAUCCUGACAUUGAAACGUUGCUAUAGUUGUCAGUUUUUUUUUUUCUUACUGUGCAUAGGAAAUUUCCCAAACAAGAAGACUGUUUUUGAUCAUAUGCAUGUAUGUAGAAUAUUUUUAAAGAACAAAAAUAUUGUUAAAAGUGUCAUUCUAUUUCAGACGUCAUAUACAUAUAAGCUGCAAUUUUGAGUGGUUUAUAAACUCUUGAAUUAUGUAUAAAUGAAAAUUUAAUUUCCUAACAACUGUACAAUUUAAGCCUUUUUCAAACUAUCCCUAAGCUGUAAAAAGAGAAGGGAAUAACAAUUUACUGAAAAGAUGGUUUCUCAUUUCUAAAUGGAAGAAGUACUGCUGAGAAAUAAAGACAGUGUCAUGCUGCAGAGUAUAUUAUACCCUUA